AUGCACGUGCACGCGCGUGCGUCCUUUUCUUGAAUAAUGAAGAAAUUAACCAUGCGAGGUCUAUAUAAAGCCCGAGGAAGAGAUCCUGAUUCGUACCAGUUGACGCUCAGAUUUACUCCCGAGAAGUGAUAGUUAACUCUAUAAUUCGACAUGUUUGUGUUAGGGAUACUCCUGUUGGCGGUUUCGACGUCGUUGGCUGCCCCGAGCGUCUACUCGGCACAGGCACAGUCCUACUACCAGAGCGACGAGCCGCACGUCCAGCACGGGCAGAAGCCUCUGGAGCAAUAUCUCAAGCAGCAGCAGAAAGUCGCCAGACACGCAUUGGUAGUCGACUCCGGCCUCCAGCUGCACAAUCAACCUAAUAUUUUCUUCGACGGUUCGACAGGCGAACCGGCGUAUCAUCGUAGCUACGUCCAACAGCCGGCCGCGACACAAACCACCGUUGACGACUCCGACGUCGUGGAAGCUGCCGAAUUCGGCGCUGCACCCCCGAACCCCGAACGAGGAGAGCCCGUGGUCGCCCAAAGCAAGUACGCCAAAGCUCGGAUCAACGAUCAGGAGACCGACGUCGAUUUUACCAGCGGCUUCGUCAACAAUUGGAGCUCCGACUUGGGCAUACAGGUGAGCGAGCAGGGCCAGCUGACGCACAUCGGCGAGUCCGACGUGGUCGUGUCGCAGGGUCAGCUGUCCCACGUCGACGACGACGGUCACCGCUACUCGCUCAAGUACACGGCCGAUCAGAACGGCUUCCGCGUCGAGGGCGAUCAUCUGCCGACUCCGCCGCCCAUACCGAUCGGCAUCCUCAGAGGCCUCGAGUAUCAGAAGAGCCAUCCCUGGGUCGAGCCCAGCAGCACCACGGAGGCAGUAGUGGAGGGUCAAUAUGUUGAAGCUUACAACUGAUCUUGACAAAAUUUUUACAUUUCUU